AUGGCGGCGGCGGCCGAGCCCGGUGCCCUAGGCUGGCUUGGCGGCGUCUCCCCGCGCUCGGGCAGCCCGACCUCCAGCCCCGAGCUGGGCGCCGGAAGCCGCUCGCGAUCGGGGCCGGGGUCCGGGCCGGGGUCGGGGCCGGAGCGGUCGGGCGCCAGGCCCCCAGGGCCCGCCGCGCCGAGUCACAGCUUCAGGAAGGUGACGCUUACUAAGCCCACCUUCUGCCACCUCUGCUCCGAUUUCAUCUGGGGGCUGGCCGGCAUCCUGUGUGACGUUUGCAACUUUAUGUCCCACGAGAAGUGCCUGAAGCACGUGAAGACCCCCUGCACCAGUGUGGCUCCCAGCCUGGUCCGCGUCCCGGUGGCCCACUGCUUCGGCCCCCGGGGGCUCUACAAGCGCAGGUUCUGCUCCGUGUGCCGCAAGGGCCUGGAGGCGCUGGGCCUCCGCUGCGAAGUGUGUGAGCUGCACGUUCACCCCGACUGUGUGCCCUUCGCCUGCAGCGACUGCCGCCAGUGCCACCAGGACGGGCACCGCGAACAUGACGCACACCUCCACCACUGGCGGGAGGGGACCUUGCCGUCGGGCGCUCGCUGCGAGCUCUGUCGGAAGACGUGCGGCUCCUCGGACGUGCCGGCCGGCGUGCGCUGCGAGUGGUGCAGCGUCCAGGCCCACUCGGUCUGCUCCGCGGCGCUCGCCCCCGAGUGCACUUUCGGGCGCCUACGCACCCUGGUCCUGCCCCCCGCCUGCGUGCGCCUCCUGUCCCGAAACUUCAGCAAGAUGCACUGCUUUCGAAUCCCUGAGAUCGCGGCGCCGGAGCCGGGGGACGGGGAGGACAGCGCCGAUGGCAGCGUCCCCGCCGGCCCGGGCCGAGAGGUGGGGGCGCCUGAGUCCGGCAAGCAGACUCUGAAGAUCUUUGAUGGCAGCGACGCGAUGCAGCGAAACCACUUUCGUACAGUCACGGUCCCGCACCUGGCCCGGAGCCAGGAGGUGCUGGAGGCGGCUCUGCGGGCUUACUACAUCCCCGAGGACCCUGAGGGCUUCCAGCUGCAGGCGCUCCCCACUCCUGCGCAGCUUGGAGACACCGUGGCAGCGGGAAAGGUCUGGAGCGCUGGGUCCGCUGAGGAGGAGGGCGGCAGAGCAACUUGUCAGGCCUGGGUCCUCCGCGCUCUGCCCCGCACCCAGGAGAUCCUGAAGAUCUACCCGGCCUGGCUCAAGGUGGGUGUGGCCUACGUCUCCAUCCGUGUGACCCCGCAGAGCACUGCCCGCAGCGUGGUGCUGGAGGUCCUCCCGCUGCUCGGACGCCAGGCUGAGGGGGUCGAGGGUUUCCAGCUUGUGGAGGUGCUCAUGGGCAGCAGACAAGUCCAGCGCACGGUGCUGGCAGACGAGGAACCCUUGCUUGACCGGCUUCGUGAGAUCCGGCAGAUGUCCUUGCGGCAGAUGAGCCAGACACGGUUCUACGUGGCUGAGAGCAGGGCGCUGGCCCCGCGCGUCUCUCUGUUUGUGGGUGGUCUGCCGCCGGGCCUGUCCCCCCAGGAGUACCGCAGUUUGUUGGAUGAGGCUGUCGCCAGCAAAGCUGCUGUGGUGACUGUGAGCCAUGUCUACUCCGCCCAAGGUGCUGUGGUGCUGGACGUGGCCUGCUUCGCGGAGGCCGAGCGGCUGUACAUGCUGGUCAGGGACACGGCUGUGCGUGGCCGGCCGCUGAUGGCCCUGGUGCUCCCGGAGGUGCUGCACACGAAGCUGGCCCCAGACUGCCGCCCCCUGCUCGUGUUUGUGAACCCCAGGAGUGGAGGGCUCAAGGGCCGCGACCUGCUCUGCAGUUUCCGGAAGCUGCUCAACCCCCACCAGGUCUUCGAACUGACCAACGGGGGGCCACUGCCCGGGUUCCACGUGUUCUCCCAGGUACCCUGCUUCCGGGUACUGGUGUGCGGCGGGGACGGCACGGUGGGCUGGGUGCUCACCGCCCUGGAGGACAUGAGGCACCGCCUGGCCUGCCCGGAGCCUGCUGUAGCCAUCCUGCCCCUGGGCACAGGGAACGACCUGGGCCGGGUCCUCCGCUGGGGGGCGGGCUACAGCGGGGAGGACCCAUUCUCCGUGCUGCUGUCAGUGGACGAGGCGGACGCCGUGCUUGUGGACCGCUGGACCAUCCUGCUGGAUGCUCACAAGGCUGCUGGCGAGGAGGACAGCGAGGCAGAGGCAGAGCCCCCCAAGAUCGUACAGAUGAGUAACUACUGUGGGAUCGGCAUCGACGCAGAGCUGAGCCUGGACUUCCACCAAGCGCGGGAGGAGGAGCCCGGCAAGUUCACGAGCAGGUUCCACAACAAGGGCGUGUACGUGCGGGUCGGGCUGCAGAAGAUCAGCCACUCCCGCGGCCUGCACAGGGCCCUCCGGCUGCAGGUGGAGCAGCAGGAGGUGGAGCUGCCCAGCAUCGAGGGGCUCAUCUUCAUCAACAUCCCCAGCUGGGGCUCAGGGGCCGACCUGUGGGGCUCCGACAGUGACUCGAGGUUCGAGAAGCCGCGCAUGGACGACGGGCUGCUGGAGGUGGUGGGGGUGACGGGCGUUGUGCACAUGGGCCAGGUCCAGAGUGGGCUGCGCUCAGGCAUCCGCAUUGCCCAGGGGUCCUACUUCCGCGUCACCCUUCUCAAGGCCACACCCGUGCAGGUGGAUGGUGAACCCUGGGUCCAGGCUCCUGGGCACCUGAUCAUCUCGGCUGCGGGCCCUAAGGUCCACAUGCUCAGGAAGGCCAAGCAGAAGCCCAGGAAGGGGGGGCCCCCUAAGGAUGCACGAGCCGACGGGGCCCCGGCCCCCGAGGGGGACCCCAAGUAGAGGCACAUCCUGGAGCAGCACUCAGCAGCGGACAGAUGUGCUCAUAGCCCUGGCCUCUGGCCUUCCCGUCUCUUCCCCGUGCCAGGCGGAGACUGCUAGGUGGGUGGUGUGGGGCUCCCUGGGGCCCAGGCCGCUGUCCUGGAGGACACACACUUCCCCCGGGGCCCCUCUGCCACCUCUGGGCCCCUGAGCCGGGCAGCACCAGACCUCAGCAGUACCCCGAGGCACCCCUACAGGGCAGCUGGCUCUCUGACCUUGGGGGUGCCCAGUGCAGUCAUGGGACACCCCAGCCACUAGCUUCCCGGGCCGGACAGUGUCUGGCUGGCCCAGUCUGAGCUCUGCGGGGACCCUGGGGUGACUGGGCUGGGAGAGGCAGGCCCCGGGGAAGCCAGGUGGGCCUGGCCCCCCAGGAGGUGUGUGGUACCCAGGAGGCAGCAGGAGCUGGCCCGGCCAGGACUCCCAAGGAUGUGAGGCGAGUGUGCAGCAGGAGAGGUUUAAUUGGCUGGGGAAAGUGCUCCGCCCCUCCGCGUGUCAGCAGUUACCACGUGGGUUCCGUGUCCACUGAGCAGAUGUGUCUCUGUGCUUCUCCACGUGGAGAUGGGGGACGCAGAUGGGCUGCCAGGCGGGUCACUCAGAGCCCUGGAGUCCAGCCAGCCCAGAGCCCUGUCCAGGCGUGAAGGAGGGUCCGGAGGCCCCUCUCUUGACUGUUUGGUCCCUAUGCCUUGGCACUGGCUGGCUGCCAGGCCCUCACCCUGGGUGGCGGCCUCGCCCUGACACUGGCCUCGACCUCAGACACGGCCCCGCCCAGCUCGUGCCAAAGCUACCCAGACGUGGGCAGCACGAGGGCCACGGGCCUCCAGUGCCCGGUGUGCAUCCCUCGGGCCUGCGUUCCUGGGGGCGGAAUCAGCUUUUGCCCUGCAGCUGCACCGGUUGGUGGGAACUGUCUGUCACUGCGGUUCGGGUGGACGAGUCCUCUGCGUGUAAGCGAGUCUGAGAGUGUGUGUGAGCGCUGCGCCCCUUCCUCGUGUGUAACCUACCCCCGAAGGUGACCGUAAUUUAUAUCUUGGACAAAUAGAGUCUGGGCUUCCGGCCCUUCUGC